GGUUGUUAAUCAUUAUUUAUAUACCUAUAUAAAAAGCGGAAGUAUCGAGUUCUUCAACCUGAGACGCGCCAUAGAAACUGAAAAACAAGCUACACAUAAACCAGACAUGAAGGUGCUAAAUAAAGACGAGCUUCAGACCGCUGAGAGAGUUUUGCUAAAACAUUUCCCGAAGAGUUAUAAGGUUUACGGUUUCCUCUACACUUGUAAUAGGAACAAGCCGAGCACUGUGGAGGUUGUCGUUGAUUCGUGGCCAGAGUUUAAAGUGAUUCUUUUGCGUCCGGAUCCUAAGAAUAAGCAAUCCGAGGACUUCAUGAAGAAGGUGUCCUUCUUCAGCACAGAUGAGGAAGUUUUAAGGAAAGUGCUGAGCGAAGAAGUUGACUGGAGCAGUUGUUUCCUGAUUGGAGGAUUUGAUAUUUCCCAUGUUCCCACACUCAAAGAAGUGUCUUCAGAAAAAAAAGUGAACAACAGGAGCUUCACAUUGGUGCAUCUUAUGUAUCUUCCAGACAUCAGCCAUCUAUGUGCACCAGAUGUUGACAGUCAACUUGAAUCAAGGAUUUCAUCUCUCAGCCUCUCCCACAUUGACAUGGUGAAUAAAACCUGGAAGUUUGGUGGGGAUGAGAAGGGUUACAGGCACUUUAAAAACAUAAUUAGCAACUUUCCAACUUGCUGCAUAUUGGACACCCAUGGUGUGCCUGUGGCCUGGAUCCUGGUGUAUGAAUACUGCGCUUUGGGAAUGUUGUACACGCUUCCCGAGCACAGAGGAAAAGGAUAUGCCAAAGUUUUGAUCAGCACCAUGGCCAAAAAGCUCCAUGCAGAUGGCUACCCAGUUUAUUGUUUCAUAGAGGAAGACAACAUGGUGUCCUACAAACUCUUCCAAAACAUGGGCUUCGUUGAGGAUACUUCCUACAGAGCAGCAUGGUUUGAGUUUAACUUCUAACCUUGGAAAUGACUAUGAAGCAGCAGCUUUUCAUUUUUGUCAAAAUGUGAUAAAACCUGUAUUGUUCAGUUGCAUUAAAAGAUGAAUUUGCAUUUGCAUCAAAUUAAAUAAUAAUUUAGACUCAAACAUGAUUCAUAACUAUCAUUGGCACUUUCAAUGUAACUAUAGUGCAUUUUUAUUCUAACAGCACCACAUGUAUGAACGCAAACUAUGACACGCUUUUCAAUAGUUUCCAAUCAGGCAUAUUGUUUAUUCCUGUGCAAUUUUCAGUAAGUCAACAAGAACUUGAUUCUACUCCAGGACUUGUUUAGAAUUUUUUUGUCGUUUUUUUUUUCUCUUUUUUUUACUAAUUUUCAAAAAUAAAGAUUUUACAUGAUUUAAAAA